CCUUGCAAGCCAAUGCGAUCGCCGGCCGAGAAAUGCCUGACACGCUCGGCCGAUCUCGCCUCCGUCCACAUGGAUUUCCUCUCCCGCGGCCUUUAAAUUCCACGGGCGGCCGGCCGCAGAUGCCAUUUGUUAUUGGUCGAGUACAUGCUCCAGUAGUGAUCUCCCAGUCAGCGAAGACGAUCGACGCGAGGUGAUCGACGGCAAUGGCGGCGGCGACAGCGCGGCACGACGACGUGGAGUCUCAUCACGAGGAGCGCGACGAGGAAGCGCAGCGGCCUCUGCUGGAGAAGCGCUCCCUGGCGGACGGCGGCGGCAUGAGCCCGAUCCAGCGGGCCAUCAGCCAGACGUACCAGAGCACGGCGCACCUGGCGACGCUGCUGCCGACGGGCACCGUGCUGGCGUUCCAGCUGCUGUCCCCGAUCGUCACGGCGCGGGGCCAGUGCAUCCGCACCAACCGCGCCAUGGCGGCGGCGCUCCUGGCGCUCUGCGCGCUCUCCUGCUUCGUGCUCAGCUUCACGGACAGCUUCCGGGACGCCGGGGGCGCCGUCCGGUACGGGUUCGCCACGUUCCGCGGGCUUUGGGUCAUCGACGGCGGCGCGCCGCUGGAGGACCCGCGCGCCGCGGCCGGGUACCGCAUCCGGUUCCUCGACUUCGUGCACGCGGUGGUGUCCGUGAUGAUCUUCGCCGCCGUCGCGCUGUUCGACCAGAACGUGGUGUCGUGCUUCUACCCGGUGCCGUCGGAGGACGCCGCGCAGGUGCUCACCGUGCUGCCCGUCGCCAUCGGCGUGGUCGGGAGCAUGCUGUUCGUGGCCUUCCCGACCACCCGCCACGGCAUUGGUUUCCCGCUCUCGAAGCACUGAUCUGAUUUCAGGACGCGCUGCCUGUUUGUAUUCAUUUCCAUUUCCAAAUUCUUGUAAAUAAGUAAAUUGCACCAACAGAUUAUGAACA